GAAGGACAAUUCAGUCAUAUAUAUUUUAAAAUAGGGUUUCUAAUCACCCCCAAUCUCCCAGACGCUCCUCCCCUCCGCCCCUCCAAUUCUCUCUGAAUCGCACGACUCCCCGCCUCCACCCUCCUUCGCGACCGUCGCCGACCGCCCUACUACUCCUUUCCCUCUCCGCCGCCAUCCCCACUGCUCCUCUCCGCCGCCAUCCCCUUGCUCCUCUCGGUGACUCCUUCGUCGACCCGCCGCACUCAGUCCCAGACUCCCAGUUUCCUAGACCCAAACCUGACUCGCGUUUCGCAGGUCCGGCCUCCACCUCUCGGCGACUCUCGCCCGCCUCUACCUCUCGUCGACUCCCGCCUUCCCGGAGUCCCCUGCUCGGCCGGCAAGGGAACGAAAUCCCGCCAUUCCCGGAUUCCCCUGAUUCUCCUCUUCGUCGUUACCGCUCCUCCUUUACCUCGGCUUGAGGCUGCUGUUGCGGUGUUGCAUUGCCGAGAAGCCUUCCAAGGUCCGGAGAUCUUCUAGGCUGCGGCUGCUUCUCCUCUGUGAGAUAAAUGGCUCAAUACGAUUUCAAGAAGAUCACUGUCGUCCCAAGUGGGAACCACUUGAUCGACAUCGUUCUCUCUCGCACUCAGCGCCAGACCCCUACGGUGAUCCACAAGGGGAAUGCAAUUUCCCGCGUCCGCCAGUUCUACAUGCGAAAGGUGAAGUUCACCGAAACCAACUUCACUGAUAAGCUCUCGAAAACCAUUGAGGAUUUCCCUCGAGUAGAAGAUAUCCAUCCCUUUUACGACGACCUCCUUCACGUCCUCUACAACAAGGAUCACUACAAACUCGCACUUGGGCAGCUCAACACAGCAAGAAAUCUCAUCAAGAGGAUACGUGAAGACUAUGUGAAGCUCUUGAAAUAUGGCGACUCGCUCUACCGGUGCAAGUCAUUGAAGCUUGCAGCACUUGGCCGAAUGUGUACUGUGACCAAGCGCAUUGGGCCGAGCUUGGCUUACCUCGAACAUGUCAGGCAGCACAUGGCGAGGCUUCCCUCGAUCAACACGGGCGCUCCAACGAUCUUGAUUUGUGGGUGCCCCAAUGUUGGGAAGAGCUCUUUCUUGAACAAGAUCACCAGGGCUGAUGUGGAGGUCCAGCCAUAUGCUUUCACCACAAAAUCGCUCUUUGUGGGGCAUACGGACUACAAGUACCUGAGGUAUCAGGUGAUCGAUACACCGGGGCUCUUGGACAGGCCUCUUGAGGAUAGGAACAUCAUCGAGAUGUGCAGCGUUACAGCUCUCGUGAAUCUCCAUGCUGCUAUCUUGUUCUUCUUGGACCUAUCGGGCUCGUGUGGCUACAACAUCUCUCAACAAGCAGCAUUAUUCCACAGCAUCAAGAUGAUGUUCAGGAACAACCCUGUGCUCAUUGUCUGCAACAAAACAGAUUUGCAGACCCUGGAAGGACUGAGUGGAGAAGACCUGAAGCUUGUCAUGGAGAUGAAAUCCGCAGCACUGAAGACUAUCCCUGGUCAAGGAGGUGAAGCUGCUAAUGACAAGGAUGUGCUCCUGACCAUGAGCACGAUAACCGAUGAAGGCGUGAUGGCAGUAAAGAAUGCAGCUUGCCAGAGGCUGCUGGAUCAGCGAUCGGAGCGUAAGAUGAAAUCCAAGAAGAUGCCUACCGUGUUGAAUCGCUUCCAUGUAGCAAUGCCAAAGCCGCGUGACCAAAAGGAGAGGCCAGUCUGCAUACCCCAAGCAGUUUUGGAAGCCAGAGCAGAAGAGGCAGCACACGAGGACAGAAAAACCGAGAAGGAUAUCGAAAAUGAGAAUGGUGGUGCUGGUGUGUACUCUGCCAGCUUGAGGAAGCACUACAUUCUAGCGGAUGACGAUUGGAAGCUGGACAUAUUGCCCGAGUUCCUCGAUGGCCAUAAUGUGUAUGAUUUCAUUGAUCCGGAUAUCUUGCAGAGGGUUGAGGAGCUGGAACGUGAAGAAACAGCAGUGGAGGAAGAUGGUGGUGACUUUGAGAUGGAGGAUGAAGAUUUUACUGCCGAGGCUGAAAAAGACCUGCAAGAAAUCAGGAAGAGGAAGAAGCUGUUGAUCCAAAAGCAUAGGAUCAAGAAGAGCACUGCAGAAAGUCGGCCAACUGUGCCUAGGAAAUUUGACAAGGACAGGAAAUUCACUACUGAGAGAAUGGGAAGGCAGCUGUCAAGCUUGGGGAUCGAUCCUUCUCGUGCUAUCGAACGUGCUAGGAGCAGGUCUGUCUCCAGGAAAGGAAGGAAGAGAGAGAGGUCUGAUGGUGGGGAUGGUGAGGAUGAAAUGGAGAUCGAUGGUGGUCUGGAUAACAAGAAGAAGCUGAGGCUGAGAUCGAGGUCAAGAUCAGUGUUGCCUCAGCGGCCUCUUGGGGAGGUUGUACCUGGAGAAGGGUUCAAGGACUCUGCUCAGAAGAUGAAAGCUGUUACAAUGGCCAGGAAUGCUACCAAGAAGAGGAACAAGGAUGCUCGGCGUGGUGAGGCAGAUAGAGUUAUCCCGACGCUUAGACCGAAGCACCUGUUCUCUGGGAAGCGCUCCAUCGGGAAAACAGAUCGAAGAUAAUAGGCAUUUAGAGGAAGGGUAUGGAUUCGGCUUGCUGUUUGAGUUUGACUAUCAUUUUGCUGCUGAUUCUGGCCUGGCGUUAUUAGGUGGUAUAUAUAGAGGUGCUUAUUCAUUGUGUUCUCUUUUCUGCUGAGAAAUUGUUCUGGGAGUGAGGCUCUAUCUAUUUAGAUUAGACAUGGUCCUGUUGGUAUUACGGUAAAACUUUAUGGGGAGCAGGGGAGAUUUUGGGUAAACUAUGUUCUCUGAAUUGAAGAAUUGUUCGUGGGUUAUGUUAUGAACUUAUGAAGUCGUUCUUCUGUUUCCCCUUGGAUGGAAAGGUUAAAAGGGCAUUUCCCUUGAAUCGAGUGGGCUUUUUUGCUCACCUAACACACCUAGGGAGUCCGCUGUGUUCUGGACAUCAAGGCCUCCUCUUUACCUAUGUGAUCUGUUGUUGAAGAUCACAACAAUUUACACAGACCUAGAU